AUGAGCAUUUUCUACCAAGAAGAGCCUUCAAAUGCCUCCAAGAAAUGCAAAUGCCUUGCCUCACUACUCAAAGAUGCAUUCACCAAAUGCCAUUCUUUUCGUUGCAAUGAAGAAGUAGCCGACUCGACUCUCGAGUCCGAAGAUCGCGCAACCAUUCUCGAUGAGGACGAGAUAUUUGUUUCGGCUAUCAUAAGCAAGUACAUGGAGUCGAAAAGCAAGCGAAAAUCGGGCAUUGGCAUAGAAAGCUUCAACUGGGCUCUGUCUCCAGGGGCAGGGGAUUAUUUCAAAACAACCCCAAAAUCAUUUGUCGAAAAUUACAAUGCCAAUUUAGGUGAAGUCAAUGGGGAUGAGUUCCGGUCGGCCAAUAGCCGGCUUUCACGUUGCUCGAGCGACACUAGCUUUGAUGCAUUUGCCUCGGCUAGAACAUGUUUCUCGAGAUGCUCGAGCAUGAGUAGGAUUACGGAUAACGAUUUUUUAUCGGGUGAUCGUAGGUCGAUCAUUUUGGAGCUCGUGCGUUGCGAAGGAUGGCCGUUCGGGCUUUGCAGGAAGGCGUUGUUGCUGCCUCCGUUGCCUAAAUCACCAGCUGAUUCUUGGUCGUGGAGAAAGGGUAGGAAAGUGAUUAGGAUCCAUUAA